AUCAACGAAUCAGAUUCGGAUGUCCCAGAUGAACGGGAAGUUUACAAUCUUUGUUGACACACGAGCUACACGUUUAGGUACAAUUUCUUAGCGAAAUUGUUGAUUUUUGUCUAAACAAAGAAAAGAUGGUUUGCGACAAUUGUGAGAAGAAGCUGGGCAGGGUGAUAACUCCAGACACCUGGAAGGAUGGUGCGAGAAACACUACAGAGAGCGGUGGGCGGAAGCUGAACGAGAACAAGGCUCUGACAUCUAAGAAGGCCAGGUUUGAUCCUUAUGGGAAGCCAGGAAAGUCAGGCUUUGGCAUCUGCAGAAUCUGCAAGAGUUCUGUUCACCAAUCAGGAUCUCACUACUGCCAGGGCUGUGCCUACAAGAAAGGUAUCUGUGCCAUGUGUGGGAAAAAGGUUCUGGACACCAAGAACUACAAGCAGACCUCUGUCUGACAGGCUUCUGACAGGCCACCAGGAGGACCAGAGGGAGAGGGGAGGGAGGAGAAGAUAGAGGGGGAGGAAGGUGUGCACGAGGAAUGACGACUUUAUCCUGUUGUUCAGACCCCCUGACUGUCUAAAACACUCAUAGCAGAGUUGC